UGUAGUCGGCGAGUCGAGCGAGGGAGCGGGCAGCCUGAGAACUCCACAAUUGCACAUUUGCACAACUGCUCUUUAAAGGAAAACUCGCGCGGUGUAUUUUUCGCGAGUUUCCUUGUCGAAGGAGAGAAAGUAAAAGAUAUCUGUCUCAUCCCCCUACCCCCUAUACCCGCCUCCCCCCGCAAUGCAUGUGCCAUGACGUCACAUGACUCUAUCAUGUAGAAUCAGUGAGAGCGAGACUCGUUCGAUUGUGCUCCGUGUACAGCGUCUUGGUUUCGGUGCUUCUGCGAGUGCGACCCCCCCCCCCCACACCCCCCACGUGUACACCGCCUGCGAAGGACUUCCACGUGAUUCUGCUGUCCUGAAUCCCCGUCGCUCCCCGCCCCUUCCUCCUCCUCUCUUCCUAGUCAGUGCGAAGGAGAAACUACCGACAGAGAAGUGGCCACGGGGAGAUUUAAAUGUGUUGGACGUGCGAGUGUGUGCGCGCGCGCGUGUUGAGUAACAGUGCUAGGCAGCGCCAGCGGAAUCUCCAAGGAGGAGAGGCGAUCGGAAUCUCUAUGAACUGCCUGCCACGCCUGGGCCUCCUCUCGCAGAACGCACGUCCUCAGCGCAAGCAGGAGAGCAAGAGGCCUGCAAGCAGCCCGUGGCAACUCGCCUUCAGUGGGACGUCCCAUUCCGCCCACUCGCCGAUAGAUCCGCCGAAAUAGCUGCCGACGGCUGGCCCGCCCACAUCGCCCUGCCCCUCUGCCCAGCCCUUGGGCGCCCUCUCGAAGGCGACGCUGCGGCCACGGCUGAGCACCCGCGCUGAGCCACCGCGGGCGCGCGCGCCGCAUCCGAGGCAGCGAGGCUAUUGCCAAAUGCUGUUCGAAAGAUAAAGGGGAUCAGAGCCCCCCCCCCCCCCCGUGCCCCCUUGGAGGGAGAAGGUGUCACUAUCAGCGUGUCAUGGCGGCGGCGGCGGCAGCGGCGGCGCUGGCGGCGAGCGGGCAGCGGCACCGCCACGAGCCUUCAGUCUGGCUCUGGCACUGAUGGGAGACGUGAUGUCCUGCCGCCCGAGCGCAGCGCAAGCGAGGCGACCCUGUUAUCCCGUGCGCCUUCUCCCUUCUCGCGCGUCCCGCCUCUGCCUUCUGCGGCGCCUCGGCUGCCCAGCGACGGCCCUCCUUCCGUGGAGUGACAUGUGAAGAUGCCUUCAGAGCGAUCGUAGUGCCAAGUGCCGUAGAUGGUUUUUAGCGAGAACGUCGCAGUGCCUUUAGUGUAAUCUUCCUGUGAAGUGCCUUUGUUUACAAGGUCUGUGAUACGAAUGAUAUUGAGGGACAGCGUAGCCUGCCGUGUGACGCGAAUGGCAAGUGUAGCAGCCUGCAGAGUUACGAUGCGCCGCGAGUGUUUCCGCCGAGAGUGACAGGCGUGUGAGAUAAGAUGAGAGGAGGCGUGAGUACCUCUGCCUCCAGCUCCCUCCCUCAGGAGUUUCUUCCCUUACGCUUCGGACCACACACACCCCCCUGCCCCCUCUCCCCCCCGAGGACCCCGUGCCCGAGUGCCCCCGCGUCUCCCGCGGCGAUGGCGGACUGCCGCAGCGACGUGGCCGCCGCGCCGCCGCUCGCACCCUCCUUCUCCACGCUGCUGGGGCAGGGCCACACGCCCAAGCUCAAGGCCUACAUGCUCUCGAAGCACAACAAGGAGCGCGUGACGUCGGCUACGCCGCCCCCCGCCAGCCCCUCCGCCCCCCUCGGCAGGCCCAUGCCGCCCUUGGAGCCGCUCCUGGACGCCGCGGAGGACCUGGGCCCGGCCGCCCUUGCGCUCAGCCGCGCGCUCCCCAAGAAGCGGCCGAGGCUCAGCAGCGACCUCAGGGACGACCCGGUGCUGCUGGAGGCGGCGGCGACGAGCCCGCUCUACCUGCCCGACACGCCCUUCUCGCUCGCCUCCCGCGGGGACGACAGCGACACGUACCUGGAGGGCUCGAGGUUCCUGUCGCCGACGCCGGAGUCCACGGCGGCCGUCGCCGGCGCCCGCCUGCAGCGCCAGCACGACCUCGACCUGGCGUCCCUCCUGCCGCUGUCGCCGCCCUCCUGCCACCUCUCCCCCGGUUACACUAUCAACCAUUUCUUCACCGAUGUGCCCUUCAGCCCUUCCUCGGUCGCCGCCAGCAGCCCAAGGGCCGUGUCGCAGCCCCCGUCGCCCGCCUGCGUCGUCCCCAACUCGGCCAAGUCGCCGCCGCAGCCGCAGGAGGUCACGGCGCCGGCGUCUGACCCCAAGUCGGGGGCUGAGGAUUGGCUGGCGCAGAGCGGCGCGCUGGACCUGAGCCAGCUGCCCAGGACGGACCACCUGCCGCAGCUGGUCAUCGCCAGCCCCUAUCGCGACCUGGCCUCGGGCCUACGCUUCGGGCAGACGCCUCCGGACGCGCAGACGGCAGGCCACCCGCGCGCGCCGGCGGCAGGGCUCGCUCGGGGCGGCUGCGUCCAGAUGGGCGGCCCGCAGAGUAGCUUCCAGGAGGUCGGGCAGCAGAGGAGCGGCUUCCAGCCCGUGCGACCGUUGAAGAUGCGGCUGCAGAGCGGCGGCCCUGUCAGGAGCGGCUACCCGCUGGUGGGCCAGCUAAGGCCCGUGUUCCAGCCGGGCGCCGCGCAGGGCAGCGUGCUCCUGCAGCGGCCGGCCGCGAGCCUGCAGGAGGCGCGGCAGUGCCUGGACGUAAAGCCCCGCCCCCGCCCGUACCACCCGCGCCCCGUCCACCUCCCCCGGGCCUUCCCGCCCCCGCUCAAGCCCUUAGCAGGAUCUGGAACGCGACCAGUCCCAGCCGAGAUGGCUCCACACAAGGCUUUCCCCAGAGAUGGACAGGAACCUCCAUCAGCCACUAACAAGCAAGUUCCCUGGUUACCCAGAGAACGACACCAUGAGAACCACUCCACCACUUUAACCCCCCUUAGGAGUUCAUUUGAAAAAAACAAUCAGCAAGAAAAACCCAUUGCCGAGUGGACGUACGAGGAUGUAGUCUUCUUCAUCUUCAAAGCCCAGGAAGACCUAAACCUGGACAGCAAGAACCUCGAUGUCAACUUCUCCGAGUUGAGCGGUUCGACGGGGAAAGAUCUCUUGAACAUGGAUAUCGAGGGAUUUAAGAGAUUUUCAAAGGGUUAUGGAGAUCAAUACUAUAGAUACUUCAUUGAAAUGAGAGAUGAGGAGAGGAGAUUAGAGUUGCAGAGACAUGAAGAGAUACAGAGAAGAGAGGAAUUGCGAAGGCAAGAGGAAGAGAGAAGACAGUCAAUUGUUUCCUCCCACCAAAUGCUCUACAAGUCCCACCUCUUCUCCCCAACCUCCUAUGAGUACUUAGUCAGCCCAAAUAGCCAAGGUCAGGCCACCCACCUCCCAUCAGCCUCCCCUAGAGAAGCCAUCCCAACCAUGAUUGAGACGCAGGCCCGUUACGAGAUCCACUAUGAAGCCCCAAGGUCAAUGGCGAUGGAGAAUGGUCACAGGUCCGGAAUCUCCGACAGCCUUCCAACGGCUUCUAUGAAAACCUUCCCAUUGUUCUCAUCUACCUCACCUUCCAAUCACUACCACUCAGUCGCAGAAAGCCUCUCAGAUCCUGACCACAGUGCAGCCGAAGAAGAGGAACCUAAACCCGAAGUGCCAAAGAAGCGAGGUCCCGGAAGACCACGCAAGCCUGAAAAUGAAUUAAAGAAGAAGAAAAAGAAAACAGGUCGUCUGUGGGAGUUCAUUCGGAACCUCCUCCUUGAUCCUGAGACCUGUCCAUCCAUGGUCAAGUGGGAGAAUGCCGAGGAAGGGAUUUUCAGAUUUGUUCAAGCAGAAAAGGUUGCGCAGAAAUGGGGUGAGCGGAAACAGAAUAAGGAUAUGAACUAUGAGAAAUUGAGUCGGGCAAUGAGGUAUUACUACAAAGGUGGUGUGUUUGAAGCUGUACUUGGGAGAAGAUUAGUGUACAAAUUUGGAAAGAAUGCCAAGAACUGGAGACCUUCCAAUCCCAACUUUGCCAACCCCCCACCAAUGUAGAUUGCCCCAAUAGAGACAAAAUGGUGUGUUCACAAGUGAGUUACAACUGCAUGGUAAACUGAAGUGCCGUGAUGACUAUCACCUGAAGCCUCAAGGCACAGCUCAGGGGGGGAGUGGAGGCCUGAUCUCUGCUUCUGUAAUGGGAUGAAGAGGUUUGUCUUCCUCCUGAUAAAGCGGUGCUGCCACACACAGAAAAUCGUGUUGUUUUGAAAGGUAACUUGUGAACAGACCUCAAGCUCACAAAUUCCUAAUGCCAAAGACUUUUGAGAGUAAGUGCUGAUUUUACAUGUAUAGAUUGUCUUUUAAGAGAGUUGAACUAUUUCUUUGUUUCAUUGUUGAUGUUGACAUGGCUGAUAAUUUAAAAAACAACAAAUCUAUUUUUACACAAGGAUGUCUUGACAAAAGGGAACAAGAAGCAUUUAUAUGUUAUCAUGUACAAUUUUCAUAGACUGAGAGCCAAUUUCAGUGAACUUGAUGCAUUUACCAGAUCAUUUUCUUUCCUUUGUUUAAAUUCUACUCAAAGUAGAGUUGAGGAUACCCAGUACUUUCAUUAUAGGAAGGGUGUUUAGUGUAGCUCAUCUGUUGUAUAUAUUUAUACAUAUAUGUAUUUAAAGAAAACUAGUCAUGAAGCUAGAUAUUAAGUAUAUUUUCAGAGAUGAUAACACAGCACGAGAAUCCAUGAGUACAGUAUGAGAACUUCGAUUACUGGUGUGAAGUGCCAAUUUGUACAUAAUAUUUUCUAAGAGAAAGAAAGAAUGAGAAUGCUUCUGCCAUCCCUCUUGUUCAAUAUUUUUCAUCUUCUAAAUCAUUCAUAUCACAAAUUAAGUGCCAGAAAUCUUGCAAUCAGUGCCUUGUCUGUGCAAUACUUUAAUUAAUAUAAAGAACCUGUGUAUAUUAUGUAAAUAAAAUAGAAAGUUAUGCCUACAGAUUAUACAAUGUGGAGUGAAAAACCUGUGAAACUUAUUUGUACAAAGCUUUUUACUCAACAUGGUUGUAGGUUCACAACCAUUACUGGUGCUCAUGUAUUGUCAUAUACUCAAAAAAUGCUCAAUAUUUAA